AUGUCAAAAUUCGAUCCAUAUGAACACCUCAAGAUUCUUAAUAAUGAAGAUGGUACAAUUACUCGCCUUGUUCAAUUCCCACAAAAGCCAGCCACCGGCGACGGUGAGCUCCUCCCUGGUCAAACGGUGGUCAGCAAGGAUGUAACCCUCGACGCCACCAAAAACACAUGGAUACGAAUUUACCGGCCGGCGAAAAUACCAUCCAACGACAGCAAAAUCGCACGCCUCCCAUUGGUUAUAUACUUCCACGCCGGAGGUUGGAUUCUUUUCAAUGUAAACGACAUGAUGAACCACGACGCCAUGAACAAACUCUCGGAGGAGAUUCCGGCCAUCGCCGUUUCAGUCAACUACCGGCUAGCACCGGAGACCAGACUCCCAGGGCAAUACGAGGAUGCCAUGGACGCUUUAAAUUGGGUGAAAAAACAAGCCACAGAUCCAAACGGCGAACCAUGGAUCACACAGUACGCCGAUUUCUCUAGGGUUUUCCUCUACGGAACCUCAUGCGGCGCCAACAUUGUUUUGAACACAGCAUUACGAGUUCUGGAUCAGGAUCUAUCGCCAUUGACAAUCGGGGGAAUUAUACUGAACCAGCCCUUCAUCGGAGGCAAAAAACGAACGAAGUCGGAGCUAAAAAUGGCGGCGGAUAUGUUCUUUCCGUUGCCGGUGAUCGAUCUUUUGUGGGAACUUGCUUUACCGAAGGGUACGGAUCGAGAUCAUCGAUUUUGUAAUCCGUUAGGGGAUGAACAAGUGAAGCAAAAGAUGAAGAGAUUAGGGAGGUGUUUGGUUAUAGGGUUUGGAGGGGAUCCAUUGAUCGAUAGGCAACAAGAUCUUGUGCAAUUGAUGGUGAUGCAAGGGGUUAUGGUUGAAGCCAGAUUUGAUGAUGUGGGGUUUCAUGGGAUUGAAAUGAUUGAUCCAAGAAGAGCUUCUGCAAUUCUUAAUUUUGUUAAAGAGUUCAUCAUUUGA